UGUUUGAUCAUUAGAUUCUUCUUCACUUACACAUUCCCAAACAUCUUCUUUCUUGCAGAUGGGCAUGGACCCCACUUUGGGUAAUCAUUAUCAUGGACCAUAACUAACUGAUAAAUAUGUGUUUAACUUUAGUUUCAGUUGUUCUAAGAACCAGAAAAGAAAAAAAAAAGAUGAGAAACUGAGAGGGGAGAGCAAGAAACAGAAGACAUGAAAAUUCACAUUGUUUUCUUGUACUGUUGUAUUGUUCUGUCUUUAGUUUUUGUCAAGGGAGAUGAUGAUGAAGUAUCAGUGUUGCUGUCAAUUAAGGCUGGUUUGGUUGAUCCAAUGGAUCACCUGAAAGACUGGGGAGAAAGUGGCAACAUUUCAGCUCAUUGUGGCUGGACUGGAGUGUUCUGCAACUCGAAAGGCGUUGUCGAGAAGCUGGAUUUGUCAAACAAGAAUCUCAGUGGCCAUGUUUCAGAACAGAUUCAUGGGCUGAGUGCCUUGUCUGAUCUGAAUUUGUGCUGCAAUUACUUGUCCUCGUCGUUGCCACGCUCACUGGCUAAUCUGACUUUGUUGAGGAGCGUCGAUGUGAGUUCUAACAGCUUCGUUGGCACGUUCCCAGCAGGGCUUGGGAAGGCGCCAGGCCUGAGAUAUCUGAAUGCUUCAAGCAACAAUUUUGUGGGGUUAUUGCCUGAGGAUCUUGGCAAUGUGACCGGGCUAGAAGAUCUGGAUUUUCGCGGGAGCUUCUUUGAAGGCUCAAUCCCGGCUUCUUUCAAGAAUCUGCAGAGCCUGAAGUUUCUUGGGCUGUCUGGGAAUAAUCUCACUGGGAAGAUCCCAGCAGAGCUUGGUGAGUUGAAGUCACUAGAGACAAUCAUUCUUGGAUACAAUCAGUUUGAAGGUUCGAUUCCAGCAGAGUUUGGGAAUCUCACUAGACUUAACUAUCUUGACCUGGCUGUUGGCACCCUGAGUGGUGAAAUUCCAGUUGAGUUAGCAAAGUUGCAGAAUCUCACCACGGUUUACCUCUACCGGAACAGGUUUGAAGGGAAGAUCCCACCUGAAAUCGGGAAUAUCAGUUCUCUGAUGUUCUUGGAUCUUUCUGAUAACAGAUUUUCUGGGGAGAUCCCAAGUGAGAUAGCAGAGUUGAAGAAUUUGCAGCUGCUGAAUCUCAUGUGUAAUCGGCUGAGAGGUCCGAUUCCAAGCAAGAUAGGUGAGCUGAGAAAGCUUGAAGUGCUUGAGCUCUGGCAGAAUUCACUAAAUGGAUCUUUGCCAAAGGAUCUUGGGAGAAAUUCUCCCUUGCAAUGGCUAGAUGUCUCGACGAAUUUUUUGACAGGUGAGGUUCCUCCUGGAUUGUGCAACAAUGGCAGUCUGAUCAAACUCAUCCUCUUCAACAAUUCCUUCUCGGGGUCCAUCCCAUUAGGCCUCGCGAAUUGUUCUUCUUUAAUCCGAGUUAGAAUCCAGAAUAACAUGUUUUCUGGCACAAUUCCUGCUGGUCUUGGGGAUCUUUCCAAGCUUCAGAGGCUGGAAUUGGCUAGAAACAAUUUCACUGGUGAGAUUCCAGGUGAUUUUUCACUGUCCACUUCACUUUCAUUCAUUGAUGUCUCAUGGAACCACCUUGAAUCAUCACUACCCUCAGGCAUUUUAUCCAUCCCGAGCCUUCAAACCUUCAUAGCCUCGAACAACAAGCUCGGGGGAAACAUUCCUGAUCAGUUCCAGGACUGCCCUUCUCUCUCGGUGCUCGAUCUGUCAAACAACCAAUUCUCAGGAGAAAUUCCCCAAAGCAUUGCUUCGUGCGAAAAGCUCGUGAGGUUAAACCUUAGGAAUAACCAAUUCACUGGAGAAAUCCCGAAAGCCAUUGCCACAAUGCCAACACUAGCCAUUCUUGAUCUCUCAAACAAUUCCCUUGUUGGAAAGAUACCAGACAAUUUCGGGAGCUCUCCAGCUCUCGAAAUGUUUAACUUGUCAUACAACAAGCUCGAGGGUCCUCUCCCGAGCAAUGGCAUACUAAUGACCAUUAAUCCCAAUGACCUUAUAGGCAAUGCUGGUCUUUGUGGUGGGAUACUUCCACCAUGCUCUCCUCUCCGUCUCUCCACCCCUUCCCAGACAAGGAAAAACCACGUUCAACACAUCGUGCUAGGAUCUGUGGUCGGAAUAUCUGUCAUUUUAGCUCUCGGGGCCAUGGUCCUAGCAGGAAAAUGGCUGUAUCAUAAGCGGGAUAUGUACGAAAUUUUCUUCAAUGACUGGUUCAAGAAGAACAGCUCAGAAUGGCCUUGGAGACUUAUAGCCUUUCAGAGGCUGGAUUUCACCAGUACAGACAUCUUGGCCUGCUUGAAGGAAUCAAAUGUGAUUGGCAUUGGAGGCUCUGGAAUUGUGUACAAGGCUGAAACUCAGCACCCCCACUCUGUAGUGGCAGUAAAGAAGCUAUGGAAAUCGGGUGGAGACCUUGAGACCGGGGGGGAUGAUCUCCUAGCAGAAGUGGACCUUCUAGGGAAACUUCGACACAGAAACAUAGUCCGCCUCUUGGGGUACCUCCACAACGAGACAGACGUUAUGAUGGUGUACGAGUACAUGCCCAAUGGAAACCUCGGUGCAGCAUUGCAUGGAAAGGAAGCUGGAAAGUUGCUCGUGGAUUGGGUCUCGAGGUACAACAUUGCUCUCGGUGUUGCUCAUGGCCUAGCUUACCUUCACCACGACUGCUACCCGCCAGUCAUCCACCGCGAUGUCAAGCCCAACAACAUCUUACUAGACUCGAAUUUCGAGGCAAGAAUCGCAGACUUUGGCCUGGCAAGAAUGAUGCAGAGAAAGAACGAAACAGUUUCCAUGGUAGCUGGAUCAUAUGGCUACAUAGCACCAGAAUAUGGAUACACAUUGAAGGUUGAUGAAAAGAGCGACAUAUAUAGUUACGGGGUAGUACUUCUGGAGCUUCUGACAGGGAAAAUGGCAUUAGAUCCCGCAUUUGGGGAAGCCACAGAUAUCGUCGAAUGGGUUAGAAGGAAAAAGAGCAGCAAUACCUCAGAAGAAGUGCUGGAACCUGAUAUAGCUGGGAAGUGCAAACAUGUCCAAGAAGAGAUGCUUUUAGUCCUUAAAAUCGCGCUUCUCUGCACUUCGAAGCUCCCCAAGGACAGGCCAUCCAUGAGAGACAUCAUAUCAAUGCUUGCAGAGGCUAAACCAAGAAGGAAAAGCAUCUGUGAGGACAAUUGGGGAUUAAAGUCUAAUAAGGAGAAGUUAAUCUUUGCUCAUUCACCAGUCAUAGGCCUUCUAUAGCAACCCAAAACCUUGUUCUUUUUCCCAUAUCUUACUGUAAUUCCCUAUAAAAAAUGUAAAGAUUAUAUUUUUCCUCAUCUUUUCCAUUUUGCCUUGGGUAAUUGCUAGUACCCAGGAUAAGAUUACUUAUGAGGAUUCCAAAAAAGGAAACUGGCUUGUAAAGUUGAGAUUAUGAUGAUAUUAUUGGAAUUAUGGAUUGAACAGAUCCAUUAGUUUGACAA